AUAAUAAAAAGGCCAAUGAGAGAUAUCAUAUACUUUGGUAGCUUAGCCAAUCUCCCCUCAAACAAUAACAAAACCAAAAUCAAAAUCCCCAAUAAAACACUUCACUCUGCUUCUCAAAUUCCUCCAAAAUUCCACAAAAUCCCACCAAUUUCUCCACCAAAAAAACCCCAUUUCUCUUCCAAUCUUGUUCCCCAAGAAAAACCAUCUUCAAUUCCUCAACAUUCAACACCAAUUUCAUACAGAUUUAGCCUCUUUUUAGGGUUCAUUGUUCCUGAUUUCACUUAUGUAAUGCAUCAGAAGAAAUCAGAAGUUCAGAUCGGAACAGAUAGCAGCGGUGUCUCUUCCGAUUUCAACCCUAAUCCCAUUAUUUCAUCUCCAAACCCUAACCCUAACCCUAAUGUUACAAUCACUCAUCAGCAUCAGAUUCUGAUUGAUGAUGUUGAAAUUGAUCCGUUUGCUUCAUUCACUCCCAAAUCGACACCUCACAAACGCCCUCAAUUUUCCCAAAUAACAUCAAUUUCAUCCUCUUCAAGUUCCUUCACAAAAUCCCCAAUUUUGUCGAAUCGGUUUCCGUCGAAAAUUCGGUUUUGCAACACGAAAGCUGCCGCUUUUCGGGUUCUUUACCGCAUCCGGAGGCUCCGAACCCACCUCCGGCUGAUCUUGUUGCUCUCAUUGCCCUUUUUUUACUUCUUGGUUUCGCACCCGAGCCAGUCGUUUUUGCUCGAUUUCUUAUCCGCUUUCGCCUUUUCGACUGCGUUGUUGUUUUCGCUGAAUCUUGCUCUGCCGAGACUGCCGUCGAUUCGGUUGUUUCUUGCAAGGUCUUUCCCAAUUAAGUCGAAUUCGUUGAGACCGCAUUUGCCGGUGUUUUGGUCGAUUGGGUGUAGGAACCGAGGGGAUAAACGGGGUGGUUCGGGGUGUUGGGUGCAGGCGUAUAAUAAUGGGGAUGUGUACGAGGGUGAGUUUCAUAAGGGGAAGUGUUCGGGUUGCGGGGUGUAUUAUUACUAUAUGAGUGGGAGGUAUGAGGGGGAUUGGGUUGACGGGAAGUAUGACGGGUAUGGGGUGGAAACGUGGGCUAGGGGUAGUCGGUACAGGGGGCAGUAUCGGCAGGGUUUGAGGCAUGGGUUUGGGGUGUAUACGUUCUAUACGGGUGAUGUUUACGCGGGUGAAUGGUCGAAUGGGCAGAGUCAUGGGUGUGGUGUUCAUACUUGCGAGGAUGGUAGCCGUUACGUAGGGGAGUUUAAGUGGGGUGUUAAACAUGGUCUUGGUCACUACCAUUUUAGGAAUGGCGAUACGUAUGCUGGAGAAUACUUUGCAGACAAGAUGCAUGGUUUUGGAGUGUAUACUUUUGCAAACGGUCAUAGAUACGAAGGGUCAUGGCAUGAAGGAAAACGACAAGGACUUGGUAUGUACACUUUUCGAAACGGAGAGACUCAAUCCGGGCAUUGGCAAAACGGUGUUCUCGAUGUUCCUAGCUCACAAACUACAAUGCACCCUGUAUCCCCUGUUGCCGUUUAUCAUUCCAAAGUUCUUAACGCCAUUCAGGAAGCACGAAGAGCUGCAGAGAAAGCGUACGAUGUAGCGAAAGUUGAUGAAAGGGUGAAUCGGGCGGUAGCAGCGGCCAAUAGAGCAGCUAAUGCCGCCAGAGUGGCAGCCAUAAAGGCAGUACAGAAACAGAUGCACCACAGGCCAAACAGUGACGGGCUUCCUAUCCCAAUGGUUCAAAACUUUCAUCGUCUAUCAACCCAGUUGCCGGUAUGAGUUUAUCCCAACGGGCCUAGUUUUGUUUUGACGUCUUGUUUAGUUUUCAUAGAGAGAGAGAGAAAGAGAUGAAGAGGGUUGUUUGGUUGUUUGUGUUUCUACUUGUAAAGUUUAGGGUUAGAUUUGAGUUGUCGUGCCGAUGGGAAGUUCAAAACUCAUUAAGGCAUUCUAUGUGUAUUAACAAACAAAUAACAACUACCACUGAUGUUAUAAGUUCAAAUCUGAUGUUCGUUUCUUAA